AAGUUUGAUCGCUAAAUGAAUCAAUGGCGAUCUUGUCAAGUGUGAGGACGAUGUUGACAGUUCUUUGGGACAUAGCACAAGUGAUCUUUACAUACAUACAUAUAAUGGAAAUACAAUGAAUGUCAUAAUAAGAAUGUAGCUUGACAGAUACAGAAACUUAAAGCAACAGAUGAUUUCAUACUUAGGCAACAAUAAAGAACAAUCAUCAUGGAGGAUCCUGAAAUAUUUAAUACGACAGUCCCAUCUUUAUCUGGAAUCGAAACAGCUUUCUGGAACUAUACAGAUCAUAUCCUCGAUGAUCUUAAAAUGGAUAGUAACUUUAUUUGGUUGCUAUGUUCAUUGGUUUCUGCUAUUUCAUGGGUUGUUUACAUAGCGUACUAUAAUAGCAGAGUUAUUGGAUUUAUUUUAACAAGAUUGUUGAAUCGAUUUGUUAUCCGAGAUGGGUAUGUUAAAGUUGGGUCCUUCACACUCAGUGCUUUAAGUGGAAAAAUAAUGUUUAGAGAUAUAGUUUACAUUACGACUGACUACAGUUUAAGAAUCCAAGAUGGAUGGCUUAUAUUCAGAUGGUGGAGAAGUUAUGUUCCAAAAGAUGUUUCUGAAGAUCUCUCCCACUCUGAUACUCGCCUUUCAGUCAUGUUAAACGGCUUUGAAUUACAUGUAUAUAAUCGCUGUCAACUAUAUGCACAACUCGAAAAAAUGUUUGGCCUUACUCCACAAAUGUUUCCGGACGAAGAAAAUCAUAACGUAAAUAUCGACGAUCGCGAUGUAGAAUCCAUGAGUAACGCUGCGAAUGAGAAUCGGCAACAAAUUAAUGCAAUGGAUGUUUCGCGUCAUGUUAACAAUAUCAGAAGACAGGAAGCACACGUUAUUGCGAGGACAUGGAGAGAUUUGAUACCCGUUAUCAAAUUGGACAUCUGCACGGGAAGAGUCGUUUUUGGAAAUCGUUUGGUACCAACGACUUUAUCAAUAACGGUCGAAGAAGCACACUUUGUCUAUUCAACAAAACCUGCGGCUUCUCGGCACGAUCACUUCAUGCACUUCACAAAGUGCAAAUCUGAGAAUUUUAAAGUUAUUCUCGCACCAAGUCCAAAAUAUACUGGUAUGGUGGAUGAUCCACCAAGGUACAUGGGCGAGGGUUUUGUUGUAUUAAGCUCGAAUAAUAUGGAACUGUAUUACUACAUGGAUGAGCCUGGAGUGGUUCCUGAGCAUCCAGAAAUGAUAAGAUUAGCAAAUGGUGAUAUGGUGGAAGCAAUGCCACCAAUCUGGGGAAUCGACAUUAAGUGCGGCAAAGGCACGGACUUCAGUUAUGGGCCAUGGGCCGACAGGCAGAGAGAACAUUUGUUUAAAUUUUUUUUCCCAAAUGAUUAUCAGCCUCUGAAAGUGACAAAAGCUCCUAUACCAGGAGAAAAGAGGCAAGUCCAAUCAUUCGAUAUUCGUUUGUCGACACUGAAUGAAGCCACGAUCGAUAUCCUCUUCAGCAAGAACCGAGAGACUAACGCAGUUCAUAUUAACGUCGGCCCGGGAUCCUACUUAGAAAUCACCAUGCCUUGGAUCGUUCUGCAAGACGGUUAUUCCACGAAGAUAACAGGACAAUUAUUGCAUCUUGAAGCUACAACAAGUCUUCAGUAUCGAAGUCUAGUAGAAAGUGAGACGUUAGAAUUUGGUGUUAAAUGUCAUUAUCCCAUUAGAUGGAAUGAUCAUCAAGAAUGGGUAUUAAAUUUAACUGGAUGUAAAGCAACAGCUAAUUUAGUAUACUCGCACAAAGAGUUUUUCCAAGACAUGAUUAAUGAUUGGGCCAGCAAGGCGAGACCUGAUCUUUUGCAUUUUGUACCCUAUACGUGGAAAUUUAGUCUUCUACUUAAAGAGUUUGAAUUAAUCACAGUAAGCAACGAAUAUAAUUGGAUUGACUGUUCCUCGCAGAAUCAAGAAAACGCACACAUCGCUUUUUGUGGUGAAUUCUUUGAUUUGUCAUUCGAUUUACCUUUUGUGGAUUUCUUACCACUAACAAUUCCACUAAGGUUCUGGAUACAGGGUGAAAGUGUAGAUCUUUCAUUCUAUUUGCCCGAAGUGAAUACGAACCGUGUUAUUCUCUUAGCCUUGGAUAAAAAUGCAAAGAUCAUGACACGUGAUGGUUCGUGCAAGCAGCUGUCAGACUUGAACACAAACAAAAAAUGGAGAAAUGUUUGUCAGAAAGGAUUUGGUUGGGUGGAUUGUUGGUCUGUACCAAUAGUAGCUUUGAGUAUCAAUUAUACGUAUCAUCCUUGUCCACCAUUAGGGCCCGUACCGCAAGCAAAUAUAACGACACCAGAAAAAGAAGAAAUUUUAUUAUCGCCAAUGAGAAUACCCAGAUGUAGAAAAUCUCCUGGACUUCAGUGGACACAAGACGGCUCAGAAAAGUUCGAUCCGCAGUCGUUAACUCCGGAUAAAGUCAGUUUAGAAUUAGAAAUUGGUCCAUCGAUACUCAUAUUGUAUGGUUCCCUCAUAAAGAAUUUUAUUCAUCUGAAAGAGAAUAUUUUUGGAGACUAUCAAAGUUUCACUGAUAUGCAGCAAAGUCGACCAUCUCCUUCAACAGUGAAUACAGAAAGAAAUAAAGAGAGGGAUGUUCAGAAUAGUAGUAUUGAAGCUUCAGUCGAGGAUGAAGAGGCAAAAUUGAAACCCUUUGAUGCUAGAGAUUACCGACCAAUGGAAGUUACAGUAGGGAUAACAAUGCACGAUAUUCAAGCGCAUUUGGUAAAGAAUUGUAACGAAAAUGAUCCACCGUGUCCUGUAAUUCUAUUGGAGAGAUUUGGUUUCGAAAUGAAAAAAGGUUUCAAGGAAACGGAGUUGCAACUACUGCUUUCACCAGCUAUCAUGUUGUUGACUGAUAAUGUUAUAAGACCAAGUAAGGAAAGACAUUUGAACCAGGGACAUUUAAUGCUGAGUGCAUUACAAGUUAGAGGCCAUGCAAUGUUCAGUAACGAAGGUAGAAGUUUGGAUCAGGAAACCCUUGAAUAUGCAUGGUUGAUAGAAGUGCAACUUGGAAAGUUGAGUGGAAAAAUCAGUUCUCCACAAUUGCAUCAUCUUUAUACAUCUUUAGAAACAUUCUUAUUGAUGGCCAAGAAUACUGAAAAUAAUUUGAGACCUCCUGGCUUGCCACACUUUUGUCAUCACGGCUUACCUCCUUUACAAUGUUCAGAGAGUAAUCCAGAUAAUCACUACAGAUGUCCAAGUUCUGAGGAUAUAAAGUAUAGAAUGACUAGAGUAUCUAUUGAUGCUAUUGAUUUGUAUAUUCAAGAAGCAGGAACAGCAACUCAAAUUUGGAUAUCACCUAUACGAAUUUCGACCUGCAACUUGCAUGGACAGCAAGUAAAGUCUGGAGUAACUGGUGUCUUACCAGCUAUUCUAAUUCGCCAGUUUGUAUCUGCAGCUGGUCACUUUGCCAAUGCGAGUAACACGAACACGACUGGUAGUGGUAGAUCACAUAACAAUGCAAGCAGCCGCUUGUCAGGUGAUGGAUCUGAUAUUUGGCUUGAAGUUGGAUCAGUAGCUUUAGGUCCUGUCAUAAUGGAGGCUGCUAUUUCACUUCCCACUCCAGAACAUAACUUGCACCUAGUGCAAAAUAAAUAUUUAAAAAUUCACGACGAAGCAACAAAGAGACUGUGGUUCUUAUGGCCUGUAGAAAGCGGUAUAAAAUCUACCAAGUGCGGAUGCAUAGGAGGUUGCGCCUUCUUUGGAAAUAAUAGAAAUGGCCCAAGAUUCUUUAAGCCGAGUUACCACGAUCUUCACGACGGUAUUAAUAUUGCAGCAUACAGGAUACACGAAUCUGGGAAGGAAAAAGGCUUCGGACAAUCUAUUUUGCACGAUGAUCAAUUAGUAUUUCAUACGCCACCAUACAGUUUGCAAGAUGUAUCAUUACAAGAUAUCUGCUAUCCUGUUAGUGGAUUGAAGGUAACUGUUGUUCAAGAUGGAUCCCAAAGUCCAAAAUUUGGCGUAGAAAGAUCAAGAUCUGCUAGUGAUCAUAAUAAAGAUUCCAGUAUAGAAGGAAACAGUAGUACAAAAUUAAGUACAGCUUCAGCAAGUCCACUAGCUGGAAAUGGAGAAAGGAUACCGCUAGGUCGAAGAUUCUCCUACACAUCAAUUCGUGGUUCGAAUAUAAAAGACGUUCCGUACUCUCGUUUGGUUGAUGCUAGUCCUAUAACACAAUUACCACAGAAAUUAGAGUCGGAUUCAAAAUUGAAUUCUGAACGUAGUAAGUCAAUUUUAAGCGUUCCGGAAAUCGAAACUGCACCAAAGAGCAGUGCAUCCGAUUCGAAAUUGGCUGUAGAUUAUUUCAAUGCUCCCGCAGUGGAUUCACUACAGCAAAGCUCUAGUCCGCAAUCGUUGCCAACAGUACCAACAGAUUCAUGCUACUCAACAAUGCAAAAAUCAGCAAAGGGUACUGAAGGAGUUAAUGUGUCCGAUUCGCAUCAUUCACUGUGUGUCAGAUCAGAUUCGGAAGAGCGAUUAAGGCAGGAGGUGCAACGUACGAUAUCUAUGUCGUCGGAAAAUCAUUCGGAAGCAUUUUAUUCUGCCGAUGAGGAUGUUAGUCAUGGUUUGGGAGGAAGUAGAACGUCUAGUUUAAGGCAUUCCAUUGUGGGAUUUGGUUCAGUCUUAAACCGUAACGAUAGUACGAAGAAAAAAUAUUCCUCUGAUUUAUCUAUUGUGGAGAGCUCAGCAAAUGCAAAUUUGAUUGUAACAGAGAAGGCACAUACUCUUGAGAGAGCAAAAACACCAACACUUAAUUCGAGAAAAAGUCCACGAAUAAAUAGAAACACUAGUUUUCGCAAUGAAGUUGAUUCGAACGAGAAUGGAGUCCUCCAUGAUUCUUCUGAUACUCAUUCCGUUUCUUCUACCAGUUUUAUAUCUGCUGUAUCUUCACAGGAAGAUAUGACAUUAGUCAAUUUGCAUAUGCAAGUGAAUAAACCUAUUGUAGAUUCACCACUCCUAAUGUCUAGUUAUGUUAGCCAUCUGACUCAGGUACGUUGUUCUAAUUGGAGUCAGUCAUCGUUACCUUCUGGUGGUGAUGCCUUUACAACCCCAUUGUUCCAACGCACGGAAGACGGUAGAUUAGUUUAUAUUGGGGGACGUUACGUACCUAAAUUUGAUACAGUUACAGAAGGUUUUACGUCCUUAAAAAUGAUAACGCGCAACGACGGAUCACCUAUGGCCGGUUCAUCGAAUAAAACACCGACCCAUCCAUAUUUAUGGGAUAAUUCAGCAUUGAUCCAAUCUGAAAGCGAAGAUGACAAUACUGCUCAUAACGAAGAAGAAUUAUUGACUGCUCAGCAUGAAACUGGUUCACGUACAACAGUUAUAGUGAAGCUUAAAGGCGAUGUUGAUAUCAUGAUAAGUCCAAUGGUGCUAGAAUCUCUACAACGCUUUAUUGAUGCUAUUACACCUACGCUGGCCACUUUACAUCCGCUAACAAUUUUGAAUCAUUUGCAUAAUGAAUGCAUCGGAAGAGUUGAAGAUGCUAAUAUUUUAAAACAAGAUCAAAGUUUGUCUUAUUGGAGUCAGGUUCAGACGAGCUCUAAACGGUCUACAGCUGAAAGGAACAUUAAAAGCGGCCAAGGCGAAGAUAAAAGUAAAAUUGCAUUGCAAACCAGUAUUUAUGAAGAAAGUAUUACUACACAAGUUCAGGGAAGCAUUAUUUUACCAAAGAUGAACAUAACGUUAUUGCAAGCAUCCGUUGUGGAAGAAAUAAUAUCUUUUUCAGCACUUGACAAUAUACGAGACUUGACCUGCGUAUCUUUGUUUGCAAUUUGCUUUGAUGAUGUGACAGCAAGAUUUUACAUUGGCAAACAAGCACGAGAAGUUGUUCAAACUUUUCACAAACCUGCUGUUUUACCCAAUCAGAAGAAAGUGAAUAAAAUCAGUAAAGCAUUCUUACCCGGUCACCAAACUACCGCUGUGGUUGCUGAUAUCGGGGGUGGCGAAACGGUAUAUAUUGAAACAUCGGAGAAACAACAAGAAGAAACUAUAAUUACACUUAAUAUAGGCAAAGUACAUUCGCAGUUGCGUAGACUAAGAAACGAGUCGUCAAUAUUGAAAGAUGCAGUGAUUACUGCUAUACCAACUCAUUACUCAAGAGUACUCUUUACAUGCACACGAAUUACCUCCCCGUUAAAAUGCAUUGAUUAUUACUUACAUCAGCCUACGGAUGAAAAGGAUAAACAAAGCAAACAGACAGGUCCACCUCAAGCUACAGAAGAGUUUACAGUAGGAAGCGGCGAAGAUAGACUAGGGUUUAUAAUGUUCGAGUGCGGCUUGGAAGGCAUAAAAUUGAAGAUUGUCAAACGAUCUCAAUUUGAGAAAAAUGAUAAUGGACAUGACGAUAAGAAAGCUGACACUGAAAUAUUCUAUACCGACAGUGUUAAAAGUCGCGAAGAAUUAGAAAAUGCAGCAGCAUCUACUACUGCAACUACUGAAGUUGAUACCGGUCCUGCGAAUACUUCUAAUGCAACCCAAAUUAAUACAAGUGCAACAUGCACCAGUCUUGUUGCUAAAGAAAACAAUGGAAAUACUAGUUCUUGCGUGAUAGAGUUGAAGACCGUGUGGUUCAAUUUUGCUGCACCACCGCGCACGCCAAUCACGAGAAAAAUUGAUUAUACUAGAUUAGAUUGGAAUUUAUUGAGCACUGCAUCACCAGCAAUCAAUGCAUGGAUGAAUCCAAGUAACAGAUUUGCUAUUCGAAUCGUACAUAUGUUUAGAUGUAUGUAUCGCAGAUCGACCGCCAUUGUUGCCUGUCUGAUGGCUGAAGCAUUAGACGUUCAAGGAAUACAUAUGCCCAUAAAGAGUCGAUACGGACGAUUAACGCCGUUGGCAAAAACUUUGCAAGAAGAUCCAUCCUGUCAGUUGUGUAGCAUUUUACAGAACUACGUACUAUUGUCAGAUCUUGCUACUAUUGAAGCUAAUCUCAGAGAGUCUGAUUUACCAUUGUUAUCUACACUACGACAAGGUGUCAUCGUUUUGAGCAGACAAUGGAAAAAUGUUCUGUAUACUCCACUAUUACUGGAGCAUAACUACAAAACAAAACACGUUAAACCACUUAACAUUACAUUCGCUGUUCCAGAUCCUGACGAGGAGAAUUUGCUGACGGAUGGGGAGGGUAGUGCAGGCGAUGUUGAUGAUCAGGAAGUGACUGAUGAAUGCGCAAUGCUGAUCCACACGGACCACAUGCAUAAACAUGUGCAAGUCAAGAGUGGACAAGAUAAGACUACAGGUUUAUGUGGUGAUGGUUUGACGGUACCCGUAAGCUCUCCCCGUGGGAGAGAUACCACCCCUUUACCAACACCGGUUCCAGGUCCGGAUUCGCUAACUUCUCCUUCUCCACCGAUAGCCCUCCCAAGAAAAGGCAAAUCACUGCAACCUACUCAAGUACCUGUUAGUACUCGAGCAAGUAUUGUGUUUCCAUUGCUUGCAAGUGGUGGUCUGUUCAAUCAGCCACGGGAACCCAACAAUAUAAGCUAUGGAACAUUACGUGAGGAAAAAACACCACAAAUUCAUAUUUCCCAUUCUCAUCAAUUGGGCUCCAAUCCCAGUAUUUAUUCUGGUGGAGUAGGACAUGGUAGUCAGCACAGUAUUGGAAGUUUGGAUCAAGUUACUUCGCCAACUAGUCAUCAUUCUAAUAGACCUGUCAGUGCAGGUGAAGAUCUGUACAGUUGGAUGGCAAAGCAACAAGAAUUCAUAAAAGAUAAUGAAAAAGGAAACCUAAAAGGAAACUGGGUCUUUCGUGCUGAACAAAAGACUGUGAAGGACUCCAAAAUCAAUACUAUGACUACAGAAGAUACAGAAGAUUCUGAUAUUCAUAGCGGUGCUUUUCUAUAUCCAAUGAAAGAUUCUUUACGCCUGUUGGAUGCACAUCUAAUUUUUGAACCACUUUUAUCUUCUCUUUCUGUGAUGCCUCAACAAAUGCUCUCUGCUAUUGGUUCUGGAAAUACGAAUAAUGUAUCUUCACUAGAUUCACUAGGAUCAAAUUUAUCUCUCGUUGGAAGUAUGGAUACAAUGCGUAUUGAUAUAGUCGUCAGUGAAUUUGGAAAGAUGACGGAGAAAAAGAAAGGAAAUAAAAAUCAGUCCAAGAAAGCACUAGGGACAAAAUUCUAUCUCGAUAUACCGCCUGAAACGCCUGCAUUUUUAUGCGAGAAAAUUGGCAUUGACAUUGAUAUUAAAAAGAUGGCUGAUAUGACUGUCGAUGAUAUGAUACAAAAGCAAAACGUAUUAUACAUUUCUAGAGGACAAUUAAAGAAACAUACAAGCACAAUCGUCAAUUUCAGUCUUCAUAUUCGAUAUAUCAGUCAACAAGUGAACAUGCCACUUUUGAGACUAUUGCAUCAAAUUAGCAAUAUGUAUCAGAAUGUCAAAGAGACCCAAAUGGAGCUAAAAGAAGAAGAACCUGAAACCAAAAGAAAUACUAACUCAACAGUCAUGGACGGCGCAGUAAAGAAUGGCUCGUCCUCAACAUCCGAUCUACCAGAACAGCUUCUCACAGAUAGCAAGAAAGUGGAAGAAACAUUACUUGGCAGUAAUUUAGAAUCUGGUCGACCAAAAGUUAUAUCACCUUCAGCAAGUAUCAGGUCGCGCCCACAGAGUUUUGCACAGAAAUUGCGUAGCACUGGCAAAAGUGUAAAAGGAUAUAUCAAUUUAAGUGAGGGUGUUAUAACACCAAAUUUUGGGGCAAGUCCCAAUGGAUCCGGUUUGGAUAAGUUUAGCGUGUUGUCUGAUAAAGGCAAAGAUAGUUCAAACUUAACGCCAAGAUGUUGGAAAACGAUAUAUUAUCUUCUUGACUUAUACGCAACCCGACCGGAAACCAAAACUAUCACACAUCGUUUUUCUGUACCUGCUGAUGCAACGGAUCAAUAUAAAGGAUCUCGAAAGUAUGAGAAUCUUAAUGAAACAAAGGACGCGGAUAUUGAGAAAGGAUUAAACGCUGAAACAAGUUCAACACCAGUACCUCCGCCAAGAGAACUAAAUAUCGUCACAGGGGAACGCACGAGAUUGAUAAUAUUCGGUGUAGCCAGAAUACACAGGACUAGAUUGCUGGCAACUCUCAGUGGUCUGAAACUUGAGGCAGAAAUUACAAGUUUACAUGCCAGUUUAACGUGUCGUAAAAAAUCACGACCUGCUAGUUUAGAAUGCAGUCUCACUGGUCAAAUUGGCAGAACAAUGAUUGUUCUGUUAGAAGGUGUAGCACCUAGUCAACAAACCGUCGUGAAAGUAACAGUAGGGAAAUCGCAAGCUUUGUACUCAAGUGUUACAAGAAGACAAAAAGAUAAAAACAGUGGGUUACUCACAAUAGGUGCUGUGAAUAUAGAUAUACCACAGCAUCCCGUAGCUUUACACGGGAUGAUGACAAGAGGUAGUAAGCAAUUAUCUUCUACGCUACAGGAACUUAGGGUCACUAGAACAUCAUCGCGAAUAUCUCGUGGCCAGCAGCCUGAAGAGACUGAUGGUGCACCCGGAAGUCCUCAUCAUUAUACACCUGCACCCACGAUAGAUAUAGAAAAGCCACAAACAGUGUCUGGCCUUUUAGAGCCAAUUGUUAUGCAGUUCCAUAUAAUUUUGCAAAGCUUAAGUAUAACAGCGGCAUUGCUACCGUCCUUACAAGCUCAAUACAAAAUGGAUCAAGUAAAUAGUUCGGGCACUACAGGCAGUAAAGCUAAAUUUACAAUUGAUUUGCCACACCACAGCUUGAGCUUCACAACGAAACUGCAAGUGACCGAAGCUAACCUUCCUUCUGAAGCUAGUAUCGAACUGCCAAAGGUUCACGUUUCAGCGGAAUAUAUUCAAGAUGGAAACAGUAAUUUGAAUGAUAGCAAAAUAGCCGAUGGUGUUGUACUGAGACAAGGCAGCUACUUAAGUGCAACUGCGGACAUUGGUGUAUUUGAGCAUUCCUUGACAACAGAUCUCUUGAAUCAUUUGGUGUUUGUACAAAAGGUAUUCAUGAAAGAAGUCAACGAAGUUGUACAAAAAGUCUAUGGCGGUGAAAAGCCAGUACCGUUAUGGCUCGAAGACGAGGAACCUACUAGCUCUAGUCUGAAGAGAAUAUUAUUUUCAUUGAUUAUUCGCAUUAAGAGAAUUCAAUUGACCGCAACUACUCCUACGAAUUCUGCAGUUCGUCUGGAAACUGGUGCAGUAGAAUUUCAAUUAUCAAAUCGUGUACAAAAUGUAUCCGGUGCCACGCAACCAAACCCAUAUAUGAAGCUCUUUGGCAAAGCUCAAGUCGACAUUAAUUUGAGUCUUGGGCAACUACUAAAAAAUGUCAUGUUUGAAGAAGCAGAACCUGAGUUUCAACAAUUUGCCUUCUUCAAUACCAGGGUCGGCUUGCGCAAUGCCUUCCAGGAGGAAAUGGCACAAGGCGAAGACAAAGAAGUAGUUUUAAUCACCCUAAAGCGGCCAUUGAUUUAUAUUCAGCCCAUGGCAGUCGACAAAGCCAUUCUCGUCUGGCUCAAUUAUAAAAAUGCUUAUGAAUACUGGAAUGAGAAAAGAGCAAACUUGAAUAAGGAAGUGUUAACUGCUACGCAGCAGGUCCUUGAAAAAGUUCCAUUUGGGCAGCUAACAAGUCAGCUUAGUGCACCUCAUCUAGGAACUUUAUUCCUGCAGCUGACUGUAGAUGAUAUGGGAAUCUGUAUACCAUUAAAUCCAUUACCACCAAAUAAUUGGGGUCUUAACAGAGGAUUGUAUGAUGGAGAAUCUAGGGGUGCGGUUGUUGUUACGCUUGAAAGCACCAGUAUAUCUGCGUGCAGUAGCGGAAGCUUAGUUAGUAAAGGCCGGUUUGUGGGUCUAUGUCUAAGGUUUGCUGAAGACUUCGAAACUUCUUUGGAUGACUGGAAACCAGAUAUGACAGAUAGUAGCAUUAUGAAUCUAUGUGUAGUCUCAGAAGGAACGUAUGAAGUUUGUAGUAGAACUAUUGCACAAAAACAGGAUAAAUCAGAUAAUGCAAAGUGGUUACUGAAUGUUCAAUGGCAAAUGGAAGGUGUGGAUAUUAAUCUUGAUGUAAGUGUAGGACAACAACUAUCAGCAUUAGGUCAUACGUUGACCAUGCUAACUGGCUCCGAAGAAGACGAUGGUCAUAUACCAACUGAUUAUGACAGCGAUGAUGGGGAUCAACCGGACAACAGUACUAGCCAGGUUAAGAAAAAAGAAAGUAUCUUAAUGAAAAAAUCCAAAAACUGGACGGAUAGUCUUCCGGCUUUUGUAUUUGAUCCAUCAUUAGAUGCGAAAAAGCGGUCGAAACUAAUUGAAAAAGAAAUGAACGAGCAGGCUAAAAUAAUCAAUGACUUGAGAUCAUUAGGAGCUUCUCACGGUACCAUAGAGCAGGAAAUGAAACGUUUACAUGAAUUGGAAGCAAUGGUUUUCAAGGAUUUCAGAAGAGACAUGAUUCAAAAAUUAAGAAGACAAUCGGUAAAGGCUUCAGGUAUAAAAGGCAAACUUGGUCUGGGUAGCAAAACAAAUGCUUACAGAUCAAGAUCUUUUAUUGUGCCAUCACCAACACCAGAGCAUCAACUGGAAAGUCCAGAUGAUAUGAAUGCAGAAGUGAAUUCCGCCAAUUCCGCAAGUUUCGAAAGUAGUCCAAGAAGUGGUCCAAGCCGUUCGGCAUCCCUUCGUGUAAGAGGACUAAGCGGACCAAGGGUCACAUUUAGCGAUACUCAUACAAUGUGCAGGCAAUCUUCAUUACCUAGUGCGGGAUCUGAGUUAAGUUUACCUGAAGGAGAUUUAGAAUGGCCAGAUACUAUAGACAUUGAAGGAGAACAGGUGGAACUAAGGAAAAAACACCGAGAUACCAGUUGUGCAUCCAGUUAUGAUAGUAUGGAAGGAAAUGUCCCACUUCUUGACUCCUAUGCCAGAGAACAAACUUCGACAACAUCAUCUCCACAUAUUGCAGUUCAAAAACCGCAAGAGCCGAACAUUGAUUUUGAACUCGAUGUCAAAGUUUUAAUAAACAGUGGAAAAUGCGUUUUGCAUACUAAAGAUGCCCGUGAAGAUGAAUUGAAAUUAAUGAGUAGGAUGAAAAAGGAACGUUCUUGUUCAGGAGGGACAUUUGAGUUCCAACCUAGUAGUCCAAGUAGUAGCAGAAAGCACUUGAAUAAUAAAGAAAAGUCUUCAAGUACCAGUGCAUCGAGACUGAAAUAUCUACAACAUGCAAAUGUGCCUUUAGUCGACUUGACAAUUUUCCACAUUCCAGGAUUGGACGUGAAGGUGCAUUAUGAGUCAAAAACGCUUCCUGAAGAUUCCAUGUCACCACGCGUGUCGGCAGACAACAGUUUAUUGAAUCCAAUGUCGGCGACAUUGCUUAAGAAAUUUAGUACCAAAAAGGCUAGUUUGUUUGCAUGGAUGACGCUUCAGAGCAUUCCUGAAGAAACUAUUAUAAGUCCUCAUAUUCUUGAGUUCUUGGAACAAACUCUAGAACCAAUUCCAAGUAAAACAAAUUUUCAAACUGGAGCGCAUACUGCUACUGUUUUUUCUCUGGACAAUACGGAGAGUACAUCUUGGGCAGCUACAGCCGCUAGCGGAAACUAUGUUUAUGCAAGUUUUCCAGUGGAUGUAAUAGUAUAUUUUCAUAUGCAGCCAUCCACCUUCAGAUUUUCUUGCCUGCCGGUAUCGCGUGUAGAAUGCAUGCUCCAGCUACCGUCUCUUGAUAUUGUAUUUUCUUCGAAACGAGCUGAAGAAGAGCUGACGGAAUUUCGAGAAUAUAAAUCUACGUCUGCACCAUCGAUGGCAAAAGAAGUUGGAUCAGCCAUCGGUGGUUUAUCAGUUACUGGUUGCCUAGCUGAUUUCUCUGUUUACAUUUUCCAUCCAUACGGUGGUGGUAAAAAGUCUGGAUUAAAGGAAGCACAGUGGUCACCAUUGUCUGAUAGUGAAAGGAAAGACUCAUUAAGCAUUAACGUUGAAUUUGUAAAGUUUCACUUGUCAAGGAGUAGGAAAAUAAACUUUCAAAGUGAACAGAUAAAGAAGGGGACAGACACAAGUCGAGCAGUUAUCCGAUUUUCCACUAUCAUCGACAUAGGAUCAGCAUCAUUUAAAUACGAUAUGCGUCGAUUGACUGAAAUUCUUGCCUUUCCUAAAGCAUGGUAUCGUCGUAGCAUAGUCAGACGUAUGUUCCUUGGUGAUCUUAGCUCAGGAACAGCUUAUUCCGAAGGUGACGGUAGUCCUCCAUUAAAUCAAGAAGAAGCAGUUAUGGGUAGUUCCUUGUUAAAGCAUUACGAGAGACACGCUGGGGAUGCAUUAUCAAGAAGUGCGCCAGAGCGAAGUCCAACAUUAAAUAGAGAUAGAUUAAAAUUAAGUUUGGAAAAUGACAUACCAAAACAAUCUCGUCUGAAAGAUAUUGGUAAAGGAUGGAGUUUCAAUACUGAGAAGCAGACACCGUCAGAAAUAAAAAUGCGGGAAUCUGCUUGGGAGACACUGGUUCUUUUUGCGGUGAACUUUACACGUCUGAAUGUUCAUAUGAAUAUGGGAAAUGUCAUGGGGAAUGUCUCGUGGAUGACUAAAGAUUUCCGAUCCGAUGGUAGACUUUCCAUAGGCAGUACUGGUUAUAAAAAUCUUUACAUUGGCGUUGGAUUAGGAGGAUCUAGUUUGGAUGCUAAAGGUGGUAUUGUUGGCGGGAUUAUAGAACUGAGUAAAAUUGACACAUACAUACAUAUCCGUGAAGAGCCUGGUACCGAACCAGAUCAUACAGUCGGGUUAAAACUAUUUGCAUUGGAGCUGCGAUUGGAUUACAUGGGAACUAGUGUUUUAAUGUCCAGGGUGUCCUCAUUAGAUGUUACACUUAGAGAUGAAUGGAAAAUAAACCGUAACAACAGUGGAGAUGCUUUUAUGCCAACGAGAAGACCAGCUAUAAUCUUUAUGCAUGGUGACUUGGGAUGGGACCAACUGCAAAUUAUGAUUAGUAAAUCAACAACCGCGGAUCUUUUGAAAAUGUUCUAUAAAUUAGAUGAAUUCUUUAGUCAACAAUUUAAGAGUAGUAAGCGAGUAUUUAGUUCGCUACAACCAAAACACCAAAGAAUGAAUAAUAAUAGUUUCAAGAAACGACAGCAGAAGAAGAAAACGACUAUCGAUGGACCGUGGACACUAAAUCAAACGGCAAUAUCUGACGCAAGACAUCAUCGCCAUUGGCAACGUGUAUUAACACAAGUAGCAGGACUUCAAUUAGGAUCACUAAGAUUUUCGUUACCAUCAAAUGGCACUGUUCUUGGCGGUACAAUGGAAUUACACGGGUCGAAUAUUAGUCUGGCCUGUUUCCAUGGGAUAAAUUUCAAAAGCAAGAGCUGGGCGCUAUUCUCUUUGAAAGAGCCAUGUAUCAGUUUCGCUUCUGAAGCCCAAGAGAUACCCAGCGUCGAAUCACCGGAAACAUGUGACGUACAUGUUGUCCAAACUUUAACUAUAAGUCUGGGUCAACAACAGCAAGAACAACAUGCAAGGCAUCAUUCAAUGGCUACAGUUUGUAGAUUAAGCCGUAGUGUACUGUUUCCGCCGCAAUUUAAAACUCUGCAAGAAUGGUUCCACUACGCUUUUGCUAACAGUGAAAUAGAUGCCGUGGAUCGGUUUCCUUGUGUCGAAAGAGAACGAACGGACAGUACAUCCGAAGGCAGCAAUGCAACACGUGGUAGAAGCACAUCCACAACUUCUGGAAAGAUACAGGAACAUUCUCACACGAGAGAAGUCAUAUUUGCUUUGCCAUCUUUGCAAUUGCAUCUGAAAACCGAGCAUUUGCAAACGGCAAGAACCCCAGAUGUAAUAGGGCUGCCUAAACAUAUUUUGUAUAGUGAGAAACCAUUGGUGGAGUGCAGUUUCAUAACAGAAUUUGAGGAUCAUAUUUUUGUCACUGUCGAUGCUGAAGCCUUCUUCUUUUUACACGAUCUAAUUACAUCAUACGUUAAAGAAAAGGAACGAGUACAUGCCAUACAAGGUUUCGGUGCGAGAGCACACAGUCCAGAUCCUCAAGAAAGAAGAAAUACUAAUGCAAGUACUUCGAGUGCUUCGACAACCACAUCAGUUUCUGCAGAAGAUGAGAGGAAACGAAAGCAAUUUGAUCCUGCAGAAAUGUUUAUAAAAGAUUGGAGAUCAUACAGAUGUAAGACGUGGCACUUGGAGCCUACUGUCAGGUUACUCUCAUGGGCUGGCAAAAGUAUAGAGCCUUAUGGCAUAGAUUAUAUUCUACAGAAACUUGGUUUCUCUCAUGCACGCACUACCAUCCCUAAAUGGAUUCAGAGAGGAUUUAUGGAUCCUUUGGACAAAGUACUUGCUGUACUUAUGCUGAGAAUGGUUCUUGCUCUUCGCGAAGAGACAUCGGAUGACAAGGAGCGUAGGAAAGAAAAGUAAUUACGUAGAUUAAAGUAAUCUCGGUAGUAAUUGACAUCACGUGAAUAACUGUUAAUAGGCGUGAAUCUUGUGACUUCAAUUACUUGAUGGCGCCGGUACCAAAAAGUAAACAAUUCUUAAUACCAUGUGAUCUUGGUCGUUGAUAUAAACGAUUUAGCAAGCUCACAACUGAAUGUGUAUAUUUCACAAUUUCCUUUUAACUGUAAUCAAACUAUAAAGAAGAAUUUGUGAAAAAAAAGUGAUGCUAGAUUUAUUAGUGAAAAUAUAUUAAGAAGUGGAUCAUAAUGGCUGUCAUAAUAAUCGUUGUUGAUGUAAGAACUGUUAAUCUCUUGUAUUUAUGAAACAAAUGUAUAUCAGAUGUGUAUGAUGUGUUCCACCGAGGUUUCAUAUUCGUGGAAAGUAUAUGAUUUAUAAAGAGGAGGAAAAAGAUAGGAAUGAAUUAAGGUCGACAUAUUACAAAGCCAAAUACUGAACAUUCUAAUGAUAUUAAAGGUUCCUUCUUUGCUUUGUUUCAAUUGAAAUAUUAUAGAUAAAUGCAUCCUUAUUUCUCGUAUAUGUAUAAAUACAAUUUAAUCGCGAAAAUAAAUUAGUAUUGCAGUCCUAUUAUGAACAAAACGAAAAAAUCUUAUAUAAGCUGUUACUCUAUUGCGUAGAUUUUCUAAAUAUGUUAUGGCCCCAUAAACGUACGUCAAAAAUAAUGAUAGGUGCUAAAUAUAAGCAAAUUUACAACUGUGUAAUAUAUAUAUUUACAGUUUAGUCUCAUUUUGACGUUUCAAUCACCGCGGUAUCCAUUAUUAUCACGCCAUUAUUUAUAAUCCCACCGACAACCAAGAUGCUUCAAAAAAAUUGAUAUUGAGAUUUGAAUAACAAAUUAAUAUUUUUUACUUGUGCUUCCGAGCGUAUUCUUUAUUACUCAACUGCCCUGAUUUUACAGAAAAUUAAAUAAAUUUUCUUACAAUGAACGUAGGAUCAAUUGUACAGUUUAGUAUUUUCAUUAUACUUUUACUUAGAAUGAGCAGGUAAUGGAAUAAAGUUUUAGCUAUCGUAAAUCAUAGGACUUCUUACAAUACUUUCUAAUGAAAAAUGAACAUCUCUAUAGUUCAACCAAUAUUCACAUUUUAUCAGUGACAUGUAUCACCUUAACUGUACCAUUUCUAUACUCUUUAUAAAACCAUCCACGGAGUUUAAUUUUACAGACUGGUCAAUGAGAAACUGAUAGUACAUCGAAUAAAUUUUACAAACAAUUAUACUGAGCAAGUGUCUACGGUGAAAAAGCUGUAUUAGAACGAAAAGACAAAUACCAUCCAUGAAUUAUAGUUACAGUCGAUAGAUGAUCCUUGUUUUAUAAAUGACUUAACAA